ACUUUAAAUUCCAAACGGUUGUCUCCCAAAGAAGGCGAGGGGUUUUCAAAUGCACACCAGUCAUUCUUGGCCACCCUGCAGUUGAAUGUUUCGACGAAAGACUUUGUAAUUUCGACGAACUGCAUCUGUUUUUCGAGGAUGAGUUCUGUUGAUGAGAAUGAUGAGAAUUGUGGGGUCUACCCUGGAGGAAAGCAGAACAGCUCAAUUAACGACAUUUUUGCCCUGGAUCAGCCAACUGGGAGGCCCUCCAUCCUGCGUCAGACUGAGAACCUGCCCAGCAAGACUGUGCCAAAGGGGACAAAGGUUUGUUUUCAGACUCCAAGAAGAGACCCUAUGACUAAAAGAAUUGUAUCUCCUACCAAGUCUGUCAAGAUGGCAAGUGUGGAUGAGUGUACAAAAGCAAUGGACUCCUUAAAUUUGGAUAAAAUUAAGAUAUUACCACAAGAUGCCACUGAGCAGCCCGAUGAGCCGAAACAAGAAGUGUCAUCUUACCCUGAUGAUGACAUGCCAAUACAAAGCAAAGGAGGCUAUCAGUUGGAUUUUGAUAACCUCGAUGCUAUCAAUCCAUUUUUGGGGUCUAUUAAGAUGGUCCUUUCUCCUGCAAGGCCUGCUGUGGAAAGCCCUCCUACAGAGUCUCAACCCACACAAGCAGAGAAUAUCUUGGAGGAGCCCACCAAAAUAGAAUCUGCACUAGACGAGACGCUUCCAUUCACCACGUCUGUGGACAACUCACUGGUUGACGUCUCCUCCAACAUCAGCUCCACAGAGAGCAGUGUGGUCACAGUUGCAAAGGUCCUAGCGGUCGAGGAACAGGAUUCAUACACUGCCACACCUGAUGAAAAGCAACCUGCUAAAAUGUCUCCAAAUAUCGAUCAAGAAACGGUGUCAGGCAGUUUUGUGGAAGAUGCCACUGAGCAGCCUGUUGAGCCAAAACAAGAAGUGUUAUCUUACCCUGAUGAUGACAUGCCAAUACAAAGCAAAGGCGGCUAUCAGUUGGAUUUUGACAAACUUGGUGCAGUCAAUCCUUUCCAAACCGGUGGCUCUAAAAUUCAGAAUUCCCCUGUCCUUGGCAGAAAGGUGGCAGACAUUAACCCACCUGUUGAGGAGACCCAAAUAAAGGAAAAUGGAUCAACAAAUGUUGUUGACAUACCAGAGGUGGCUCAAGAGGCACCGGUUAAGCCUGAGAUGAAACCCAUAGCUGCAGUGGCCCCAAACUCUGCUAAUGCUGUCAAACCGCCAGCUGAUGCCCCAAUCCAGGAAGGACCAGUCAAACUUGAGUUCAAUUUUGAUGAUGGCAGCCAGGUCAAACGGAAACCGCCACCCAAAAAAUUGGGCAAAAGGCCACCUGGUCAAAAACCUAAAGAGGGGAAUCCGCCGCGUGAUGUCAAACCACCAAAAAGUCCAGUGAAGCCUGAGGCCAGUGGUGUUGCUGAUGUUCCGGCUCCCAAAGGGUCUUACUCAUUAGACUUUGACAAGUUGGAUGACCCAAACUUUAAUCCAUUUGGAACAAAGGCAAGCAUGAACAACUCUCCAAGGUGUAGUAAGAAAUACAGCCCUGUGCUCAUGGAAACUUUGAUUCCAGAGGAACCGGACAAGCCCGUGGAGAAGGAGGCUGUAACAUCAGCAUGCGCUGGAGAGAGUGUCCUAGCUGCAGAACCCGACCCUACAGCCGUAAGAGAAAAUGCGGAAGACAAGGCUGCUUCUGACCAUGACAUAGGAAUUCAACUUGAAGCUGAACGGCCUGUGGGGUGCCUUCCUGAGCUUUCUGAAUUGUGUCAACCUGAGCAGAAGUCCCAGACCGCCCUGUCAGAAUUCAAUGACGAGUUUGUCCCUGGAACGAUGUUCAUGGCCAAUGACUUGGAUGGACAAAUGGAUUACCUUGAACAGUUUGGGUCCAGCCGUUUCAAGGAAUCUGCAUUAAGGAAACAAUCCUUGUACCUUAAAUUUGACCCCCUCCUGAGAGAGAGCCCCAAGAAGGCUGCAGGCCCGGUCGCUCAGACAAACGUCCCUCGCCCCGCUGACUUUGUUUCGCGGCUUGAAUAUCCACAGAUGGCAGAAAAGACUGCACAUGGACAACCGAAGGAUGAUUUUAAACUGUUUGAUGCUACAUCCUCAGCUCCUCCAAUCCUUGCGGACCUCGUUCCUCCCUUCCUCCAGCCAGCGAACACCGAGGGCUCCAUUAUUGAAGUGCUGAAGUACAGUCAGAAAGACCUGGAUGCAGCCAUCGCCAGGGUCCAGGCAGAAGCAAAGGAGAAAGAAGAGCAAUGGAGCGCAAAGUAUAAAAAGAUAUUUGACGAUUGUCAGGAAAUGAGGAAAAUAAUUGCAGAAUUUGAGCUCAUGAUUGCAAAAAUGAUUGCUGAUCAAGAGAAGGAGAGGGAGGUGGCUCAGGCCAAACUCAGGGAGGCCCUGCUGGAGAAGGAGCAAGUGUCCAGUGACCUGAACACCAUGGAGAGAUCGUUCUCCGACCUUUUCAAGAGACUGGAGAAGUACAAGGAUGUUGUUGAAGGCUACAAAAAGAAUGAAGAGACUCUGAAAGCUUAUGCUCAGGACUAUCUGGCAAGGAUCAAAAAGGAGGAGCAGCGCUACCAGACCCUCAAAGCCCAUGCCGAGGAGAAAAUUUCCCAUGCAAAUGAAGAGAUUGCUGAGGUGCGGUCCAAGAACAAGGCUGAGGCAUCGGCACUCCAAGCCCAGCUGCGGCGGGAGCAGCUGAAGGUUCAGUCACUGGAGAAGAGCCUGGACCAGAAGGAGAAGGAGGCGGAAGAGCUCACCAAACUUUGUGAUGAACUUAUUACCAAAGUCCAGAAAGGUUGAGCUCAUUUUGUAAAUACUGUAUAUUGUCAUCUUUUGAUUUUUUUUUUUUUAUGUAGUUUGUCUUGUCAAUGUUCUUAUACUGUAAAAAAUAAUAA